GUCACCAUUUAAUCGGUGUCCGCAGACGAGUGAGGUUCGGUCUCGAGUAAAGUGCAAGCGAAGAAAGCGCGAUCAAACCAAGUGAUCAAGUGUGUGCCUGUGGCCAAGACUGCGGACGGAGAGUUUUUACGAUUUCCCGUAAACCAGCUCAUUUUAACGAUCCCGCGGCAAGAUGAUGUCCAGAAAGCUGCUCGACGAAAGCAAUGCCUACCAGCAGCAGCUGGAAGGAGAGAACGCACAGUUUCAGAUCAGCAACUAUGGGUACGGUAAGGACAGCGUGAAGGUGAUGCACGUCGUUCGGAAUGGACAGGUCCAUUCGAUAAAGGAGUUCGAAGUGGGCACCAAGUUGAAGCUGCGGAGCCAAAAGGAUUACCUCGAAGGCGACAACAGUGACAUUGUGGCCACGGAUUCGCAGAAGAACACCGUCUAUUUGUUGGCGCGCAAGUACGGACUACAGUCGCCGGAGGAAUUUGGUAUGCUGCUGUGUCAUCACUUUCUGGACAAAUACUCACACGUGGAGGAGGUUUCGAUACACAUCGAGGAGUACCCGUGGUCACGGAUCGGCUUCGGUACCGGUCCGUACAAAGAUCUGCACAACCAUGCAUUCGUCUUCACACCGACUGCCCUCCGCUACACGGAUGUGACUCAGAAGAGAAGUGAAACUAAACCAACGAUCAUUAGCGGCUUGAUGAACCUGCGCGUUCUCAAGACGACCCAGUCGGCGUUCGUCAACUUCGUGGACGACGAGUACCGUUCACUGCCGGAUCAGCAUGAUCGUAUCUUCAGCACGGUUGUCCGCUCGUCCUGGCAAUACUCGACCGUGACCGGCGUUGACUUUGACUUCUGCUGGAACAAGGUGAUGCAGUGCAUUCUGAACAAUUUUGCGGGCGAUGCGGAGAAGGGCAUCUUUUCACCGAGCGUCCAGCAUACAUUGUAUCUGGCGGAGAAGCAGGUGCUCGAAUCGUUGCCCGAAAUAUCCUCGAUCGACAUGUCGAUGCCCAACAAGCAUUACUUCACGUUCGACUUUAGCAAGUUCCCCAAGGUCAUCAAGGAUCCGCAGCUGAAGGAGGAAACGGUGUACGUGCCGGUGGACAAACCGGCCGGUAUCAUCUACGCUCAGCUAGAUCGGAAAUCGGAUCACGCUGUCAAAAGUAAACUAUAGACUUUUGUCUAAGACUGAUGUGUUUGAUGUAUUUGCCGUAAACCAGACAGUCGCGGUCUCUUUCUGUGCGUGUGUGGCUAGGUUU